AUGAGGCUGGUCUCGGGUUUGGGCAGAGCCCUGCGGGCCCGGCGCGGCCUGUGCAAGAAGCGGGCCCCGCAGCCCGGAGCCGAGCGCAGGCCGGAGGAGCCCAGCAAGGCCCGGGAGUUCGCCCGCAGCCUCGGCGGCCUCACCCUGGGCCUGCUUCUGGCCAGCAUUUACGGGGCUCUGGUGCUGCUGGUGCAGGGCCACAAUGUCUGGUACUGCCUGAGCGUCACCGUCCUCAUGGGCGCGGGGCUGGGCCUGGGCAUGGCCUUCUCCAUGAAGACGCGGAUGAUCGUGCUGCUGGCGCUGCCGCAUUUCUUCACCAAGGAGGGGAAGAUGAUGGUCAUGGUGCUGGCGCUGUGCCUGACCGUGCAAGGCCCUGGCGCCAAUCUCCUGCACAACGUCUCCCAGGUCGCCAAGGCGCUGUCAUGUGGGGCUGAACUGGCCCAAAACCAGACGGCCGAGCGGCUGCAACGUGCCAAGGAGCCGCUGCUGAACAUGCAGAGGAAAAUCAAGGAGAUUGGCCAGAAUGCCAAGGUGCUGGGUGACCGUGUCCGGAAGUUCGUCCGCUCCAUCAUAGACUCCACCAGACACGUUGCGCGGGCCCUGCGCAACGUUUGGCUGUGGCUGAGGAGGGCUGGUAGCAUCUGUAACCGCGAGCUGGGGGAUCCCAAGGGCAGCUGCUUUCGCUACAUGGACAGGGCCAAGGACAGGUGUGAGCGCGCCCUGCCCAUCCUCUUCCACAUCUGCUACGUUGUCCUCAGCUUCAAGGCCCUCUGCAGCUUGAGGAGUACUCUUGCUUUGAUGUUCUGCACCAUCCCAGGGUACAUCCAGACCUUCAUCCGGUCCAGAGUCACAGCUCCCCUCACGGAUGCUCUGAACCGUGUCCGCGCCGAGUUUGAGUUCAACAUCUCGGUCGUGCACCACUACAGCGUCAACCUCAACGCCAGCAAGAGCCUGGGGGAGGUGUCUGAUGAUAUAAUGGAGGCCGUGCAGCACAGCAUGGAGCCCUACCACCGUGUCCUGGAGCUCUUCUCCUACAUCUCCUUCUUGGCCGUCCUCUUCUUGUGGUACCGCGCGGUUCGCUACCGGCGCCGCUACCUGCGGGACGACACCUUUGACAACGUUUACAUCACGCGGCGCUUCGUGGAGAUGGACCUGCGCUGUGCAGAGCAGGGCAAACCCACCGUGCUGCCCCUGUCGGCGCGGGAGAGGGGCCGCUACAUCCCCCCAGGUGCGCUGUGGCUGUCAAAGACGGAGCGACAGCAGUACGGGCUGCAGCUCUUUUCGUUCCUGCGCCACACGCUGCUGGGGUUCGGCAUCCUCCUGGCUGACUACAGCAUCUUCUGGCUGCUUGACCUGCUCCGGCACCAGCUGAGCGCGGAGAUCGUUGCCAGGGCGCCGUCGACAAUGACCAUCAGCGUCAACGGGACGGGCUACACCAGUGAGAUCUACCAGGAUCUGGUCUCUGCCUUCAACGCGCUGCAGGAGGGCGAGGUCUCGGUGCUGUCCCAGGUCUGCCUCAUCGAGCCCGUGGAGCCUGACCAUGGCACCUACAUCACCAUAGGAAUCCUGUAUGGAAUCUGGCUCUUCAUCUCUGUCUUCGGUUCCUACAUGGCACGCCUGCGCCGGGCAGUGUGUGCCGCCUACUUCCCAUCCCGUGAGCAGGAGCGCCUGGCCUUCCUCCACAACAUCAUCCGGGCACGGCGGGAAUGGGCACUGUUUGCCCUGAGCCGAGUGAGCACGCAAGGCUUGGCCGAUACUGGGAAAAGCAGGUUCUUCCUUAUCCUCAUCUCCAGGUUCCCUCUCCUGGCUCGCCUCGCUCGCCGUGCGGGCAUCCAGCGCAAACAUUGCUUGAUCUGUGGGGCGGCAGAGCAGCCGGAUUUCACCGCCUGCAUCACACCCAACUGCAAAGGGCUGUAUUGCAGCGAGUGCUACAGAACCCUGAACAACACCUGCUCCGUCUGCAUGGCCCCCCUGAGCUACCCCGACACUGGGGAUGAGGAGCUGGACUCGAGUGACGAGGAGGAGACAGCGGGGUUGCGGCCGGGCGCUGCGCGGGCGCUGCGGGGCCAGGAGCGAGGGCGGCGGCUGCUGCAGCGCAUCAGGGACCUGAUCAAGGACAUGAUCAAGGGCCGGGGGCUCCCCUCCAGAACGCUGUGA